AACCUGCAUUAUCAUCAGUUUAAGGACAAAGUUCAUCUUUCAGGUCACAUACAGGCAGCACCGACUCACAACAAAACAGUCCGCGACAAAAAAACAGAGGAGAGGGGGAAAAGACAGACCAGCAUGGAUACCACAUCUUCUUUUAUCAAAUCUGUGACCAAGCGGGUGUGGUCCCCUCCACAGCGGCCUUUCAGAGUUUCUUGUCACAAGAGGGAGACCAGAAAGGGUGUCACUGCUGGGACUCUGGAGGAGCUGAAGGAAAGGGUAUGCCAGGCUUUGCUGAUGUCACUGCCUGCAAUAUCUCUGUGUCUGGUGUGUGAGGAGGACGGCACAGAGGUGGAUUCUGAUGAAUUCCUCAUGACCUUACCUGACAACAUCAUGCUUAUGGCCCUGGAGGCAGGACAGACGUGGAAACCGCAGGCAGGUUCGGUUGUGCUCAGGGACCAAAACAAACCCCGCACUGGCAGAGACAUAGCACGAGUCACCUUUGACCUCUACAAAUUAAACCCCAAGGAUGUGUUUGGUUCUCUAAAUGUGAAGGCCACGUUUCAAGGCUUGUACUCCGUGAGUGCUGACUUUCAGUGUCUCGGGCCCAAGAAAGUUAUCAGGGAAGCGCUCCGUUUCGCCUCCUCCCUCCUUCAGGCUGCCGGCCACCUACUCAUCACUUCGGCCUCCAUGAUCCGCCGGGUUAUUGAAGGUGCAGAGCUUUGGCAGCCACAGAGGGCAGAGUACACCGCUAGCUGGAACUGACGGCCCCUUUAAGAUGAAUCGCAAAAAACAAAACCAAUGUCUAACACUCUUUAAAAUGAUUAGUUGACUCUUGGUCAAAGUGUUUUAUAUUCUCUUUUUUGCCAUUAACCAUCCUACUAGGAGGGCAGCAGUUUGUGAGAAAUAAAAUGCAUUAACCUUGUCAAGAAAUAAUAAUAAAAACUACCUUAUUAAUAAA